UAACGGUGAUUACUCAAAGUCCCCUCAAACGAUUAGCCGUUACACCGUCGUCCACCAUGAAGGGCGUUUCCGCAAUUUUAUUCACCCUGUUUUUGGCCAUCCAGCAUAAACCAACCCUGGCUUACAAAGCAGCCGUUUUGGAGUACUACCCCGAAACAGGAGAUAGUCCAGAGGCCACAAUCAAGAAAAACCUCAAAGCUUACGGCACCUACGCCGACACAGCCAAAAGCCAAAGCGCCGAGAUUUUGGUUUUCCCGGAAUAUGGACUCACGACCAUAGUUUCAGACCCAACGGACUAUGCAGUGGACUUAACCGACAGCAGUGGCGACAGCGUCCUCACGAAGCUGAGCAACAUUGCCAGAGAGAGACAGAUCUACGUGGUGGUCAACCUCUUGGAAAAAGAGCGAGACUCCAACACAACAACGAAGUACUACAACACAGAUUUGGUUCUGGACAAAAAUGGGGCGAUCAUCUUGAAGUACCGUAAAAUCAAUUUGUUCCAAGAAGACAUGCUCACUCCAGGAGACGCUAACCAGACGCAGACUUUCAGUACCACUUUUGGAGUGACUUUUGGCAUCUUCACUGGUUACGACAUCUUAUUUCAUUAUCCAUCGAGGAACAUUUUCAAGAAUAGUGACGUCACGGAUGUCGUGUACCCCUCUGCGUGGACCUCAUAUAUGCCAUUUUUGACAUCUUUGUCGACCCAGCAGGGUUACACCACAGCCAAUGGUAUUAACUUGUUGGCUGCUAGCUAUGGUAGACCUAAAGAGGGCCACGGUGGUAGCGGAAUUUUCCUUCCAAAUGGUAAAGCUGCAGAACUUUACAUCGCAGACUCGGCAAGUUCCAAAAUUAUUGUCCAAGAAGUCUCAAAGAUUAGCUCCAGAGAGGAAAAAUCUGUCUGUGGUGGAAUAGUACCCUUCGGGCUUCCUGGUGACUUAAACAAAUCCAACGUUUUCAACUAUAAAACCGACACAAUUUUCGAUUACCCGCGCUCCAAGUUCAUGAAGGUAGAUAUGUCUGUAAGAACUUCCACACUUGACGUUUGCCAUUGUGACUUCUGCUGCACUUUUGAGAUCACUUUGGACAACUCCUCUGUGAGCUCCCCCGACAUAUACAAACUUGCGGCUUUCGACGGUAUUGUUGAAAUCGGUAACACCAACCACCAUGUACGCAUCUGUAGUUUACUGGCUUGCGAAAACGACUCCAAUGACUCUUGUGGUAAACGACUCGAGUCCACCAAUACCACGUUUACGAAACUUACUGUUAAGGGGAAUUUGAAAAGGGAGGAUAAGACGUUCUAUGUCCCUAUUACUGUGGACGCUUUUCUGUUACCAAUACAGCAGACUAAAUUUUGUAAUAAUCAUAAUGAAACCAAUUCUGCUUACGUCGAGUUGACGACGUUCCAAGGUCCAGCUAAUGUACUGGUGUUUGGACUUUUAGGAAAGACUGUGUCGGGAGCUGCCUCAGUGCAUGCUCUAGGGUUUUUCGUUUUGGUAGCGUUUAUCAUUCUUAAGUCAGUUGUAUUUUAAUAAUUAUGACAAAUUGUUUUUUACUUUGAGUACCUAAGAUGCUGUUGUCAGAAUAUCACGUGUGUAUCGAAUAACUGAUAAAACAACUUUUUUUAAUUUGUUUAUUAA